CAUUGUAAGGAGCUUACUUGUUUAGUUACCUCCCUUAGGUUCACUUCCUGUUUCAUUUCUUGCACGUUUCAAAACAUUAUAUUCCCUUCGUGUUAUAACAAAGAUGGGCAACAAGAGCAAAAAGAAACACAAACACAGAUCUAGAUCUCGAGAUAGAUCGAAACGUCAUAAGAAACACAGAAGAAAUCAAAGCAGUGAGGACUCCAGCGAAGAUGCUAGCUCUGAGAGUAGGUCAAGGUCGCCUCAGCCAAGACGGGACAAAAAGCGAAAACAUGCAAGGUCAAGAUCAAGGUCACCCAAAGCAAGAAAACACGGGGAACCAAGUUCUUCUGCUAGUGAUUCCAGUGACGACAGCCGGGAGAGACAAGACGAGAGAAAACACAGGCCACCCAAUUCUUCUGCUAGUGAUUCCAGUGACGACAGCCGGGAGAGACAUGACAAGAGAAAACACAAGAGGGACAGGAGACAAGGAGAGAAGCUGGAACAUUUCAAGGAUCAGAGAAAAAAACAGAAGGAAUUAAUCAAGGCACUUGAAACACCUGAAGAAAAGAGAGCUAGGAGACUUGCUAAGAAGGAAGCAAAGGAGAGGAAGAGAAAGGAAAAGAUGGGCUGGGACCAAGAUUAUCUGGGCUACACAAACGCUGACAAUCCGUUUGGAGACGAGCAUCUCCUGGAUGCCUUUGUGUGGGGGAAGAAGAUGGAUAAGGAGGGAAAGAAGAGUUUCUCCAAGGAUGACAUUCAGAAAAUAGCCAAGUCCAAGAUGGGAGAGAACAGAAGAGAGCUGGAGAAGGUGAAGAAGCGGAGACUGGAGAGAGAGCAUCAGCUGGAGGAGAGGGAGCAGGAGAGGGAGCGGCUACAGAGGGAGAAGGAGCUGGAAUACUUCCGUGAGUGGGAGAUGCAGGAAGAUACGUUUCAUCUCCAUCAGGCCAAGCUGAGGUCCAAGAUCAGGAUACAGGACGGACGAGCUAAGCCUAUUGAUCUCCUGGCCAAGUAUAUCAGUGCAGAAGAUGAUGAGCUUGCCAUAGAGAUGCAUGAGCCCUACACCUACCUCCAUGGUCUGACUAUCACGGAUCUGGAGGAUCUGUUGGAGGACAUUAAGGUCUACCUGGAACUGGAACAGGGGAAGAACACAGACUACUGGAGAGACAUCGUCACGGUGACAGAGGAUGAACUAAACAAGCUUCGCAAGCUGGAUGCUAGCACAAGAGAAUAUUUUGGUGACCGUCGGGAGGGCAUCAACACAGCUGUGACCAGCGAGGUCAGCAACAUCUUCAAGGGCAAGACCACGAAUCAGCUGAAGCUUCUGGAGCAGCAGAUCAGGGAGAAGCUCAGUGGUGGAGAGGGGAUUGAUAUUGGUUACUGGGAAUCCCUGCUUCAGCAGCUGAAGGCUCACAUGGCUCGGACGAGGCUCCGGGAACGUCAUCAGGAUGUCCUCAAGCAGAAGCUCAAUGCCCUGAAGAGAGAGCAAGGAAUAGAUUCUGAUCCACUUUUUCCUGUGCUGCAAGAUGAUUCGAGAGGCAGCACAUCAGAUCAGUCUUCACCAGCUGUCCAUCGGUCAUCUCCCGCUCCUGGGGUCCAUAGGUCAUCCCCUGCAAUGUAUCGAGCCUCCCCCGUCCCCCAGAGGUCGUCCCCUGCCCCCCAGCCAGGCACCUCAUCCCAGUCCGAGGAGCAGCCCAGGGUGGAGGAGGACCCAGGGGCCGAGAGGCAGGACAGUGAGGACGAGGAGGAAGAUGGAGAAGACUCGGAGCCACUCAUCACUGAAGCUGACCUGGAGGAGGAGGCAGUGGACGACUACACCGCCGGCAGCUACAGCCCCAGGCUGCUUCGCAACAAUGAGCUGGACAUCGACGCUGUGGUGUACGACCCAGUGGACGACCUCAAGAAACUGGAUCUUGCUCGGGAUCAAGUGCGGACAACAGGCCGAGUUAGGCUUGAUGGAGAGACGCUGUUUGAGAAGAAGGCCCGAGAGGGGAUGAAUGAUGACGAGGCCCAGUUCAGUGUUGAAGUGACGUUAGAUAAGCAGGCUUUCCUGUGGUCCGACAAAUACAGGCCACGGAAACCACGAUUCUUCAACAGAGUCCACACGGGUUUCGAAUGGAACAAGUACAAUCAAACCCACUACGAUAUUGACAACCCACCGCCAAAGAUUGUCCAGGGUUACAAGUUCAAUAUAUUCUACCCAGAUCUCAUUGACAAGUCAGCAACACCAGAAUACACAGUGACUCCCUGCGAUGACAACAAGGACUUCGCCACUCUCAGGUUUCAUGCUGGACCACCCUAUGAGGACAUAGCCUUCAAGAUUGUCAAUCGCGAGUGGGAGUAUUCGUACAAGCGUGGGUUCCGAUGUCAGUUCCAAAACAACAUUUUCCAGCUGUGGUUCCACUUCAAGAGAUAUCGGUACCGAAGAUGAACAGGGACUUCAGCCUGUGACGUCACCACCAACACCAUCGGCAUCAUCUGUAUAUAUGUCACCCUGUAGAUAACACUAUUUUAUCCUGUGUAAAUAAACUCAAACUUGUAA